AUGUUUACACCGAGCGGAACGUCUAUACCACAUUCCUUCCCGGAUCAUAUCAUCCGGCCUAUUCCCCAGUAUUCCCCUGGUGUGGUUAUCCAGACUAUCCAGCAGAUCCCAGAGAGUACUCCACAAGGGAAUACUCCCCAAGGAAUUAUCCCCCAAGCAGAUACUGUAGAAGAACGAGAAGAUUGUAAAAUCUGCUUUCAAAUAGCAGAUGGAGUUCACUUUGGUGUUGCGUCGUGCAGAGCGUGUGCCGCGUUUUUUCGGCGAACUGUCAUCAUGAAACUGAAGUAUAUGUGUAAGGACAAAGGAAAUUGCACGGUUGAGAAAUCGCUUCGAAAUUUGUGCCGUAGCUGUAGAUACACGCGAUGCCUGAAUGAGGGAAUGAAAAUAGAAUGUAAGUCAACAAAACAAGGGUCCGUAUCAUUUUUUGAUCUUUUUACAGUAGUACAGCUACAGAGAGAUUCCAUCGGAAAGAAGAAAAGUGUAGGGAACACGUCAGUGGACUUAUUGUUUACACCGAACGUCGCUUCCUCGUUGAGUGCUGUUUUCAAGAAAGACAAGGAAGAAUCAUUGACACCUGAAUGCACUAUUUUGUCUCAAAUGAGCUGUGGCUACGAUUUUUUCUUAAAAUUUCGAAAGUCUACAAACACAUUGGUUCAAAGUACAGUAAUCACUCCCACAUUUAGAAUUCCAAAAAUAGAAUUGCACGCAUCACGUUUUGACUCUGCAAAACAAGUAAGCAAAGUGGAGGCGCAUUUAGUGACAGACAUUGUGAAUACGUAUUUUUCUCCGUUUAAUGUGCUCAAGUUUAAGGACAAAGUUGCCCUGUUCAAAAAUUUCUUUUGCUACUUUUCCCACACAGAUCGUGCCUAUCAAUCUUAUAAGCAGUUUGAGAACGAUAAUGUGAACGAUAAGAUUCUGAUGCCUGACGGUGGAUUUAUCAAACGAACUGAGCUGGGAAGAUUCUAUGAAAAUGCCGAAGGGGUGCACACGUCUGCAGAAGAUGCUGCACAAAUCUUCCAACCCGUAUUCAAUUACAUCUUGGAUGUUAUUGUGGACUACAUGCGACGAAUUCAUAUAAUCGAGAUAGAAUAUUUGGCGAUCCUGGGUUUUUGUUUAUGGGAUGACGCUGUACCCGGAUUAUCCAAAGAGGCGAAAAGUUUAGCCGUCCGAACUCAGUCGCAAAUCCUUGCAGAGUUGCAAAGCUACUACGCUUCCAAAAAGUGUGUCAUAAUGCUGCGUGAGAACUCGGUGCUCGCCGAACUUUUUAACUACUACGAAGCAGAUGUUUGCUGUAAAAAUUUUAAGGAAGACGCGUCGGUGGAUCUUGAUUGCAAGGCAGAGUGUAUUGUACAUUCGAAGAAUGAAUGA